UCCCUUCUUUCUGCUUCGCAAAUAAUUAUAAGAGUUUAAUUUUUCCCCCAUUUCACUUCAACAAUGGAGGUCCCCAAGCAUGUCGUUAUAAUGAUGGAUGCAUUGAAAGAAUUCUCCAUUGAACCUGUUGAAUGGACUCUCACAAAUGUUGCCUUGAAAUCAUGUUGCAGUGUUACCAUUCUUGGCUUGAUGCCCUGGCUCAAUAUUCCUCUCUCGGCUAAGACAUGGUCGGACAUCUGGAGCGUGGAUUUUCAAGAACUUUCAAUGAGUAGAGAGAGAGGGGAUCAAUGGAGAAGUACUGAAUAUGCUAAGUAUCACAAAGUUCAAUAUUUAAUUGACCUCUGUGAAAAAUAUGGGGUAGAACCAAAAAUCAGAACAGAGAUGGGUCAUCCACUGAAAUUGCUCGUGGCUGAUCUAAUCACUAGGCUUCAACCAACUCUAGUAGUAUUUGACAGGCACCACGACAGAAAAAAUAUAGAAUACUAUGCAGAGAAAUUACCAAUAUAUGACAUGGUAGUAAUUAACGAAGAUGGAGAAGUGGAUAUGACGAUCAAAGGAAAGUUUCAGGAAAAUAUGAAAUCUCCUGCAGCUUCAAUGGUCACAAAACCAAUGAUUUCUGGACAAAUUAUUAAUUUUUUCAAGCCAAAAUGUGUCAAAACCUGAAGAUUUGCAGAGGAAAUGGAGCAUUACCCUAUCUUAGAACAAUAUAAAUAAAUAAAAUGCAUAAAUAAGAUAUAAAAAAAAAAGAAAUGUUAUACUCCAUCCUUUGUAAACAGCAAAGAGUUAAAAAGAAUGCAGCAUCUUCAAGAGUCAAUAUAUUACUAGCAUUUUUGCUACUAUUAUAAUAAGUACUUGGUAGUUGGUUAUAUUUCUUUCUUUUAUCAUUUUAUUGAUAGAUCUUUGACAAACACUGUACUUCAGAAUUAAAGCCAACAGAUAUUGUAUGUUAA